UUUCAUAUUGAGUCAAAUAUUGAGUGAAAUGAAGUUAAAGUAUUUUGUGAUUAUGCUUGUUUCACUAACUGUUAACAUUCUUAGUGGGAAUGCAAGGGAAAUAAAAUUCACUGAUCAAUGGAGAGAUGAGAAUUAUUUGCCAAGUGAAUUUGAUAACAUCAAUUUUCAAACAAACAUUCAUAAUAAUAAAAAAUUACAAUUCCAUUUGCCCUUCUCUUAUCAUUAUCCUUCGGUUAAUUGGCAUCAUCCUGAAAAUUUGGAUAUAGUUGAUAAGCAUAAAGGCAAAUGGCCGUUUUCAAAUUUAUUUGGAUUUAUAUUUGGAGGUUCCGGAGUUCAAAAUGAAGAUGCAUCUACAACGGUAUCAACAUUAGCCACUCCUACAUCAACAACUUCGACAACGACAACUACAACAACUGAAAUUCCUCCAUUUAGAACCGCUGUAGGUGUGAGAACUCGAAGGCCAACAAAAUAUAAAAAAAAUUGUGAAUGCUCAAAAGUCAUUAAAAUUGAAGAUUAA